AUGCCCGACGAGGAGUCCGGCUCCGGCGAGUCAGAGUCGCUGCUUGGCCGAGGCCACAAGAAGGUUAAGCAUUUCUGGGAUGGCUUUGUCGACUUUGCAUUUCAGGAUGAUAUCCUCAAGAUUGCCGUCGGUUUGAUUCUUGCGGCUGCUUUCACCGACUUGGUCAAGUCUUUUGUGAGCGAUGUACUCAUGCCGCCUAUCUCGAUUCUCCUACCUCUCAACAGGAAUAUGGAGGAGAAGUUUGCUGUCCUGCAGAAGGGACCCAACUUUAACAAGACUACGGGUUAUAACACCCUGCAUCAGGCACAAGAUGACGGUGCUGUUGUUUUGGCUUACGGAUCAUUCAUCAGCCAGAUGAUAGCGUUCCUCGUCCUGGGUAUUGCCCUCUACGGUCUUGCGCACUUGUGGCAGCUUGCGUCGUCCGAACCCAUCGUGAAGCACACCAAGAAGUGCAAGUACUGCAGACAGCGUAUCAACGAGAAGUCUGUUCGCUGCAUCCAGUGCACUAGCUGGCUUGAUGGCAGAGAGGACCGCAACUGA